AAUCAAUCGCGGAGGGAAACAGCAGGAACUUUAUCCCCCAUGGAAGCCAUCAGAGUGAUCUCCACAACCACAGUUCAAGCUCGAAGCCACGUUAAUAAUGGCGACUCACCAAAACUAAUUGACAUGAAUCCAUGGGAUCUUCAGUAUCUUGUUCUUGAGUAUGCUCAAAAGGGGCUUCUUUAUCACAAACCCACUUCAUCAUCCUCGUCGUUCCAACAUUCAGAGACAGUGAUCCAGCACUUGAAGGACUCGCUUUCUAUGGCCCUCGACUUCUACCCACCCCUCGCCGGCCGUCUUGCCAUCAUCGACAACGACGACGAUGACACCUCCUCCGUCUUCAUCAAUUGCAACAAUGCCGGAGUAAGCUUUGUUCAUGCUGUUGCAGAGAAUACUACAAUUGCUGAUAUUGUUGAACCUACUUAUGUUCCACAAAUUCUCUACUCCUUCUUCCCAACUGGAAAAUUCAAGAACUUUGAAGGAACUCAGGUCCCAUUAAUGGCGGUUCAAGUCACACAGCUAGUGGAUGAUUUCUGGAAUGCAUGGGCAGGGUUCUCCAGAAAUGGUUUGAAUCACGUAAGGUCUGAUUCAAACCUCGCUACAUUUGAAAGGUGGUUCCCUAGUGAUAAUAUUAAACGCCCCCUGCAAAUUCCAUUCAAAGAAAUGAUGGAGAAUUAUAGCAAGGCGUCAGCUAAUUUGGUCCAGCCACCCCCAUUCUCUAGGAGGUUCUUUCACUUUAAAAAGGAAAAAAUUGCUGAACUCGAAGCAAAAGCUAACUCACAAGUAGAGGAUGGUGUCGUUAGCAACAAAAUCUCCUCCUUGCAUGCUGUGCUAGGCCAUGUUUGGAGGUCUGCAAUCAGAAAUCAGAAGCUUGACCCAGAAGAAGAAGUCACUUACAGAUUCCUCAUAUAUGCUAGAUCCAAAGUUUCUUACCCACCAAUUCCAGACAACUAUUUUGGACCCACCGUGCAAUUCACUACUGUGACAAUGAAAGUAAGGGACUUGGUGGGAGAUGGAGGCCUUGGGAAGUUUGGUUUGGAGUUGAACAAGGCAAUCUCAUCAUGCACAGAAGAGAAGAUCAAGAGAGACUUUGAAGCUUGGGUACAAAAUCCAACAUUCCGCACACAACGUGCCACAAUUGGGAAGUUCAUGGGAACUUGUAGCUCCCCUAGUACCAAAUUUUAUGACAUUGACUUUGGUUGGGGAAGGCCGGUGGCGAUUCACCUUGGUCCCGCCAACACAAGGUGUUGGAAGCUGGCGGCUGAUGCCGGAGCAGAAGAAGGUAGCUUUCACUUUGAGAUGUGUGCUUCCCAUGAAAUAUUGGAAGCCAUGGGAAGGGACCCUGAGUUCAUGCAUAUGGUGUCACCGCAGAAGCUGGCGUAGGCUUGGAUAUAAUAAGAGAUCUAGAUGUGUGACAGUGUAUAAAAGUAUGUAAAAAAAAAUUAUCUUUACAUGCGUGAAAAUUUUUAAUUGAAUAUCAGGGUCUUCAA